AUGUCUGAUAUCGACACUUCCGACUUGAUAAACGCAAAUCAAGACGACGAAAAAGUCAAUGAUUUGCCCACUGCUAUUCAAAAGGUCUUACGCAAUUCAUUGUCCCACAAUGGCCUUGUUCGUGGGCUCAAUGAAACUACCAAAACGAUAGAAUCUGGCAAAGCACUUGUUUGUUUCAUCUCAAACAGUUGUUCCGAACCUGCAUAUACGAAACUGAUAAAUGCGUUAUGCAAGGAGCAUAAUGUGCCUUUGAUUGAGAUUGAUGGAGAUUCAAAGACCUUGGGUCAGUGGACCGGUCUUUGCAAGAUUGACCCAGAGGGCAAGCCCAGAAAUAUUGUAGGAACCACCAGCGCCGCUAUUACCAAUUAUGGUGAAGACUCUGAGGCACUCAAUUUUUUGAAGCGUCACUUGGACACUAUUAUGGUCAAGUAA